CUAACGGCUCUUCGCUUAUUUCAAUUCCAAUCUGAAGUAAAAAUUGAUGAACCGUUUGUUCAAGUGUCAUUUAUAAUGAUUCAUAAAAAGUUUUUAGUUUUGAUGAACAUACUUUUCAUUGUUACUGGUAGAAAUGGACAUCAUUUGUCAAAGCGGUAUCUUCUCUUCACGAGAUCUACACAAGUACAGUUCAGCGUGGGAAUCUCAUUUCCUUUAGUUUUACCGAGAAGAUCCAUCAAUUUCAGUUUGGUGACACAAGCAACUUAUUUAUUGCCUUACAAUAUCUCAAACUUUCAACCAAUAACAAUAUCAGCGAGAGAUAGGGAGAAAUCAUCCGUCUUUGAUAUAAGCAGAAAUAAAUUCUAUGAGUACAUUAUCGAUUUUCUUGACAGCUUUGGGUUGGAUGGCAAACAAUGCCUUCUCAGAUCGAUAUGCGAAAUAUCCGAAAUUCCCAUGAACAUCAAAGACGAAGAAACUCUUCUUGAGAAAAUAGUACAUUUUGUUUUCAC